AUGUCUUCUAGCGACAAGGAAAGGGACACAGCGGAGAGAAACAUGCCGCCGUUGAAUGCCGCGGAUGAAAAGCAGGUAGAGCGUGCGGCGGCUGUGGCUGCUGGUAAUGGUAAUGAUGGUAAUGCUAAUGGUAAUGCUGAUGGUAAUGAUAAUCGUGGGGACUCCGGUGAUGGGCCCGUUGCCGAGGAGGAGAAUAACGACCACACACCGGCCGUUCUUCUGCACAUUCGACAGAACUUUGGUGUCAUGUCACGUGUGUUGGAGCGUGAGGUGUUCCGACGUGGGCUGAUCAAUAGUAGCGUGGAGGAGAUGUACUCAGCCUUUUUUCUGAUAGCGGGUCUGCUAAUAGAUAUCCUUAGAAGCGAAACGGAUCCACGCGCACUACGGGGACAAUUAGUGGAUAUGUUGUUCUCUAUUAUGGAACCAAACUACGGCGCUGAUCAUACCCGAAUGUUGGGGGCUAUAAUUGAGCAAGUUGCGGAUGAUGUAUUCUUGUUUCAAGCUAUUCUCUCUUCAGCUGCACUAGAUGCGUUGGUCCAACGCGCUCAAGGAUACAUGAACCCCCAAACCUCACGCUCUGUUGGGGCUGGUAUAAGUGGUGGUGUCUCUGGUAACUAUAGCGGUGUGCCAAAUGAAAAUGUGCGUGGCGCGCAGACAAGCUACAACACCCCCGCAAACACCAACACAAUGGCAACAGCGAAUGCUUCCAGCAACACCGCCGCCACCGUGCGUCCCUCCUACGCAGACUACUACAAGGAACGGCGAAUGGAGCCAUCAGGCGAUCUAAAGAUUGUUCGUGGCCCUAAUACAUACACGGAAAGCAAUAAUGCGCCAGUUUCCAGUCAACCAGAGGAGGAUGUGAUGCCAAUGGCAAAUUCCGGUUGGGUAAAUGCACAGAGAAAACAACUUGCAGAUCACGACCGUGACGCAUCUGUUCAUCUACAGCAGCAACAUCAUCAUCAUCACCACAUACAUCAUCGCGUCCCCUUUAACCAGUACCCCCAACAACGGCAUCAAAUUCCUAAUGUAGCCCACCACCAUCAGGUGGUAGUAGGGAGUGGUCCAUUGGGAUUACAACCACAACAUCAGCAGCAACAUCAAGAAAACCCUCAAGGAGAGCCAUUCCCGCGUCUACCAUUACCGCAGGGACCUCACAAAAGGGUUAUGGAUCGUAUGCAGCUUAAUACACAAGAGCCUGAUGAACCGCAUUCACGUGGUCUGGUAUGGCCUGGUGCACCGUCUUCUACUGGGCCACAGCAAGACUCCAUGACAGUACCGCAGCCUUCUUAUCAUACGCCGAACUCACCACCGACCCCAACACCACAUUUAAAUCAUCAUCCCCAGCACCAUCAUCAUCAUCAUCAUCUGUUGCAGCAUCCUCAUCAGAUUCAUCAUCAGCUUCAACAUCAACAUCAGCUUCAGCAUCAACAUCAGCAACAACAACAACAACAUCAACAGCAUCAUCAGAUUCCAUCCCCGAAUUCACCAACGCGCUCCAGACCUCUCGUACAGCAUCGACAUUCUGUUACACAUUUUGUGCCACCAGGUUCUAUGUCAAAGCCACUGAGUCCACAGUCUACUGCGCAGGUAACUCCACAGUUAACACCACAACCACCGGCAACAACACCUCUUCCAAAUUCUCAAAGGGUAGUGGUUCAUCAUCAUCAUCAUCAUCAUCUUCUUCACCAACAGCACCACCACCACCACCACCAACAACAACAACAACAACAUCAACAACAACAACAACAAUCGCCGCUUCCGCAUGAACUUCCACUUCAACACUCGAUAAUGCCAAGAGUGUCUACCCCACCACACUCAUCUUAUCAAGUUAUGAAGCAUGAACCUAUAGCCCCACCUGAGCCGAAACCGACAACUACACAUAACGUUGAAGCUGCAGCAGCAACGACAGGAGCGCCUAUUAGGCCUCAUUUUCAUCAUCAUAUUUCUGCCCACCCUAUUAGGGUGCCACCUCCGGCAUCUCCUCAAACGAAUGCACCAGCUUCAGUAGGAGGAGGAAUCUCAGUGGGAGUUGGUGGAGGUGGAGGAGAAACGAGUUCACAUGGUGGACAUGGAUUGAUGAUACCUACGCAUCAUCAUUCAAUUCAUCACGCUCAGCCGAUACGAGCGAUGAUGCCACUACCACAACAACAACAACAACAACAAUAUCGACAUCCGACAUCAUCAGCUGCUGCUCCUAUGUCUAUUGAUGCGCUUAGCGACGAAGAUAUGAACUGGACAUCAUCUCAAGCGACCUCAAUGCAUUCAGGAGUACAUGAGCUUCGUUGCUUCCUUCGCAAUCAUAUGGUACCUGAGAAUGUCAUCAACGCACUCGUUAAGACAUCUCUUACAUUAGAGGAUUUAAUGUCAAUCCCACGUGAAAUAUUUGAUGAGCAUAUUAAAAAAGAACUUGUUUCUGCUAAUCAUCGGGAAUUUGUUUGGGCUAUUUUGCACCCCAACGAAAAACCACUAUCUGAGAAGGAUGGUCCUGAGAUGAAUGAAUUACGAAACUUUAUUCACAACAAUGCUAUUCACAAUAAUAUGUCACAGGAUGGAGAAGAAGAGAACUCAGCGAGUAGACGCUCUCGUCCAAGCAAAACGGUGCUUCAAGUUCCCCAACCUAGAACAUCUCAGAGUAAACAGCAACAACAACAACAACAGCAACAGCAACAGCAACAACAACAACAACAACAAUCUGGUAAAGGAGGUGAAUGUAAGGCAGUCAUUUGGCUUUCAGGUGUUACUACUACACAAAUGCCGAGUGUUCUGGAAGAGGUUUCUAAAUAUGGUAAGGUGCUACAGCAUGGGACAUCUUCCCAAAGGCCUAAUUUGGUGUACUGUAAGAUGGGAGAUCACAAGAACGAUUUGCAGAUGGUUCGUAAAAUAGGAUCUGCUGUUCUGGAGGAAUACUAUCGAGUGCCUCCUGGUGACAUAGCUGACGGAAUUCCGGCAACACCAACAAGUCGUCCUGAUGAAGCUGAGGACAGUGCCACCAAUAAGGCGCGCCAUAAGGUAAGUGGAAACACUCACCCCUACCCACAACAGCAGCACCAAGGCAAUCCCCAUCGCAGUAGCUUUGGGGAAGGAGAUGAAGAAGAUAUCGAUGCUGAAGAGGCCAGGAAUCACCGCAAGAGUUUGCGACACACCAGAGGACGCGGCCGUGGCGGACACCACAGCUACCACUCUCAUCGUCACAGUGACGGAAGUAGUCAGGCGUUAUGCAGAUUUUUCACUAAAGGUACGUGUAGAAAUGGGGAUCAGUGUCCGUACAUUCAUCCGAAAGCAAACUCAAGCCGUUCGUGA